GGGUUCUAGAAGGCGUGACGUGAGGUCAAGAGCGGGCUCAGAGGCGGGCACCUCUCGACAGUCGCUGUGGCUGCAGCUGCCGGGCCUGGGGACGCGGGCGGCCGGGGACGCGGGCGCAGUGUCCUCGUCUCCCCGGCCAUGGCCGCACUUGGUCGGCCCUUCAGCGGCCUCCCCCUGAGCGGCGGCUCAGAUUUCCUGCAGCCGCCGCCGGCCAUCUCCGGCCGGGCCUUCCCGCCGGGGACGGACGGUGCCGAGCUGGCCCCGCGACCGGAACCCCGCGUUUCUCCGAACAGCCCCAGCGGGAGCCCGGCGCGCGAACGUGUUUCAGUUCCCUGCAAAAAGAAACACAAGCUAGAGCAGGAAGAUGAUGAUUGCCCAGUGAGAAAGAAAAGGCUAACUGAAGCAGGGCUCUGUGCCUGUCCUAAUGACUGGAUUCUUUGUGCACAUCAGGAUAUAGAGGGUCAUGGAGUAAAUCCAUGCACUAGUGGCCUUUCUGCACCUGGCAUGUUAGAUGUUAUUUGUGAAGAAAUGGAUCAGACUGUUGGAGAACCACAGUGCGAAGUUGCCAGAAGGAGGCUUCAGGAAAUUGAGGACAGGAUAAUUGACGAAGAUGAAGAAGUUGAAGCUGACAGAAAUACUAACCAUCUCCCCAGUCUUGUCCUUUCUGAUACCAUGAAAACAGGUUUGAAGAGAGAAUUUGAUGAAGUCUUUACAAAGAAAAUAAUUGAGUCCAUGAGCCGUCCUUCCAUGGAGCUUGUGCUCUGGAAACCUCUCCCUGAACUCCUUUCUGAUAAGCCAAAGCCGUCAUCUAAUGCUAAGAACUACACAGACGAGAGCCAAACUAAGCAUGACGCUGCUGGCACUGCCUUCCCUAGGAGAACUGAACUGUUCUUGGAACCUCGGCAAACAGGGAUGACUAUUUACAAUAGUUUAGAGACAGCUGCUUGCACAGAAGAAGAGAUGGAACUCUAGAAACCUGUUUCUAUACUAAAGUUGUCAAAUUUUAUAAGGCUCGUGUUCAAUCAUGAACCUUCUUAUGUAGAAUAGGGACUUAAAAGUUUUAUGAAACGGGUGUAAGAAUAUCUCUGCCUGUGAUUUGGGCUGGUACUCUCAUUUUGGGUAGCCAUUUCUUAAAUUCAACUUUUUGCCAAGGAGGCUUGUCUCAAAGGAAAGGCUGUUUUCUAGAGGGAUUGUUACUGUGAGAUUACAGUCCGCACAGGGACGUAUAGAAACUAUAUAUGUAAGGGUGACUUAAACCAAGGGUGGGGAACCUUUUUUCUGCCAAGGGCCAUUUGGAUAUUUAUAACAUCAUUCGCCGGCCAUGAUAAUACAAAAUUAUCACCUUAAAAAUUAGCCUGCUCUAGUCCUGGGCAGUUUGGGUUAGCAGUUGGAGCGGCAACCCAAAGGGUUGAGGGUUUGAUUCCAGUCAAGGGUUCGAUUCCGGUCAAGGGGUCAGGGUCCUGCGGGAGGCAACCAGUCUAUGUGUCUCUCU